AUGAUAGAUUCAACGUGUUUUUUAGCUCAGCAGGAAUUGGCAUUUAGAGGCCACGACGAGUCAGAUUCAUCUGUUAAUAGAGGUAAUUAUGUUGAACUUAUUUACUUAAUGGCCCAGCGUGUUGAGUUGUUAAAAACACAUCUUGCAACGUCCACUAUAUUUACUGGUUUAUCUGGGGACAUUCAAAAUGACUUGAUUCAAUCAAUUUCAAAUGUUCUUCUUAAACAAAUUGAAAAUGAAAUACGUGAUACUCCGUUUAUUGCAAUAAUUAUGGACGAGACAACUGAUAUUGUUUCAAAGUCACAGUUAUCAACAGUGUUGCGUUAUGUUAAUACCAUAGAUGGAUACGAAGUUGUCGAAAGAUUUUUGGGAUUUACUGAUGUUAGUGAAGAUCGAUCAGCGAAAGCAUUAUCAGAGCAUGUAUUUAGUUUUAUUUCAAAGUAUGCAUGUGAAGAAAAAUUAAUAGCCCAAACGUAUGAUGGGGCAGCUGUCAUGUCCGGGCAACAUAAUGGUUUACAAUCGCUAGUGCGUUCGAAGUAUGAAAAUGCUAUUUUUGUACAUUGCUAUGCACAUAAAUUAAAUCUUGUCUUAAAACAGUCAGUUGAGUAUAUUAAAGAUUGUAAAAUAUUUUUUUCAACCCUUUCUGGUUUAUCGUCUUUUUUUUCAAAAUCUACCAAACGAGUACAUGCACUUGAUAAUGUAGUUAAAAAACGUUUUCCAUCAGUAGCUCCAACAAGAUGGAAUUACAAUAGUCGUCUUAUUGAAGUGAUGGUUGAACAUAAACUAGAUGUUAUAAAUCUAAUGGAAUCAAUCAUAGAGAAUGCCCAAAAUUGGGAUUCGGAAACAUUGUCUUCUGCCAAAGGGUCAAGUUUUGAUGAUAUUUGGUCACAGUUAGAAAUUAUAAACAAUGAAAUACAGCCUCAAAUUCACCGUUCAAAAAGGCAAAGAUUUAAUGAAGUUUCUGGAGAUCCAAAAACUAAUUACAGACGACUAUUUUUUGAAAUAAUUGACGUUAUAAUAAAUAAGACAAAAGAACGGUUUUCAAAUCUUAAUCAAUUACAAUUUUUCUUGAAACAAUUAUACGGUAAAUAUUUUGAUUUACCCAAAUUGAGAAGUGAACUUUCGGUUGUCUACUCAACCGAAGAAUUUCAAAAACCUAAUGUUCACGAUCUUUUAAUUUAUUUAAAAACCACAAAUUUAGACGAAAACUUACCACAAGCAACAAAAUUGAUUUCAUUGAUACUAACUAUUCCAGCUACUAGUGCAUCAGCAGAACGUUCAUUCUCGGCCCUUAAAAGGAUUAAGAAUUCAUCAAGAAAUUCCCAAGAACAAAAUCGUCUUUCAUCAUUAUCAAUGCUGUCAAUAGAAAAAAAAUUAUUGGUAGAGUUGAAAAAAAAAUCUACGUUUCAUGAUGAAGUAAUCAAAGCUUUCCUUACUAAAAAUAGAAGAAUUGAUUUAAUAUAUAAGUAA